CGGGUCAUGGCUGCAUGGGUCAAAGUUUGUCGAUGGUGGACGGUUUUGAGAUAUUGCUGCAGACUGGACAAGUGUGAAGGAAUCGACCCUAUGCAGAGAAGUAGCAGACGACAUAUUCUUUUCGAACACGCCUGUAGUGUAUGCAACCGUUUGAACAUAUUGCCAUUGUCUUCAUAAUACCGACCUGCACUUCAGAUACAGACAUGCUGCGUUUGCGAUCGCCAGCAACAACGUGUGCGGCUUCUCCUGGGUAUGCUUCGUUCUGAUUUCCUCAAAGCACAAGAAAUGACAGAUCGUCAGUGUCAGUAAAUUACUUCAUGACCAUUCUACCAGCUCUCAAGGCUAACGACAUACCUCCAGGGGUCUCUUCAAGUUCUAAUGUCUGCUGGUGGUAGACGAUCGCGAGGAGAUAACAUGGAGGAAAGUCCCAGCUCGCGAGGAAGCCCAUUUGGGGAUUGCAUCAACUGGAGAGAAAGGUGCCUACAUCUGGAAGAUUCUCUCAAUAGGUUUCGUCAGCAAGCUGGCAAGAUUCGCAGUGCCUUGGGACAAAAGAUGAGCGAGCUGGAAGGGAAACUGCAAACAUCGGAGCAAAGAGCAGAGGUCGCAGAACAGCAGCUGGAACUGAUGGAGCGACAGCUGGCGGCAAUGAACUGGCAGCCUGGGAAACUGGAGCAGCGAGUGCAGGAGCUGGAGCAGUGCGUGCGGGACAGAGACCGCGCUCUCCGUGACCUAGAGAUGCAGCUGGAGGAUCAGAAAAUGCAACGGCUGCAUGAUGCCAGACAAGUAGAAGAAAAGGCACAGCGCAUCAAAGAUUGGGUUACCUGCAAACUGCAAGAGCUGGAAAGCCAGAAUAGCCUCUUGGUGCGGGAGAAUGGAGAACUGCAGGACCAAGUUCUAACUCUUCGCCAGCGGCUGCUUUCUUUGCCUGCAAAUGCUGCAAAGGAAAUUUAUCGUCUUUCCCUUCAGGAGGGUAUUAAAUCAAGACCUUUGUCCCAGUCAUCAGACCCUCCUGAUAUCAGAGAUUCUAUGAUGGAGUCAGUUCAUGAAGACAACAGUGGUGAGCAAAAAGAAAGUAGCCCAGAUAACACUGAUAACCAGAUUGAUACUAUCUCAGACAUUGAGAGUGAAGAAAGUAUUGGGGAAAUGAAUCAUGAACUGUAUCAGGAGAUUGAUGCUAACCAUGAGAGCAUCUAUGAACUCAAGCCUUUAGGUCCUCCCCAGAUUCGCAUUGAGCGAAAACUUUUCAACGGGAGGCUGCUUGAUUCUUUGAUCAGCUCUAGUAAUGGUAGUGAAGAGAUGAUUGACCGAGCACGUCUUUCUUGGCCUCGCAUGCAGGAGAAUGAACGGUUGGACAGCUGUUGUGAUGGUGAUCUGAUAAUUGCCGAAGACAUCACUCCUAUCAACCUGACACCAAGGUCAGUGGGCACAACUUUUUCCUUCCAGCCAAAUGCACCUCCUAGUACACCAACAAAUGUCAUCAAUAUGAAUUUUGAUGCCAAGAGUGUCACUUCACCUGCUACUCUUCCACGGGUCAAGGACAGAGGAAAACCAUCACCUCUUAAGCUAGUCAAAUCAGACAAUGUUGAAACUUCUUUGUUAUCAAGAAGGCAGCUGCUGUCUGGUGAAAUUCAGGUGCAUCACUUUUCUUCAGAACCACGGGAAGUAGGGACCACAUCUUCCUCCUUUAGCGGAAUCAAAAUAGGGGUUAGAUUCUCAUCAGAAGAACGGACAUUACCCACAGGUAGUGAUCCAGGUGGGCAAUGCAGUAUAAAAGGGGUGGAGGGUAAGGAUGAGCCAGUGAUAGGCAGCAGCAUCAUAAAGUCUCCAGCAUCAGAAAAAAGGGCAUAUGCUGUGGCCCACAAACGUUCCAAAGGAUGGAAGAAGGCAAAAGGAGACCACCAGUCUACUCCCACAGGAUCUAGUUCUCAACUCCAGCCCAGUAUCGGACAUCUGUUCCAAGAAGUCAAUGCUCCAGUCUAUGCAACACUUAAAGGGAAAGCUGCUCAGAUACGUAACACCCCUUUCAUGGAGGAAAGCUCAUCGGACUCCUCAGAUGAUGAUGAUGAGCUGAUUGUUAUCACAGAUACACUGACUGCUGUGGAUAAUAAGACUGCAUCGGAUAGGCCAGCAUCAAAUGGCUCUUGUGACUAUGCCUUGCCUCCAGAGGAUGUUUCAAGCAAGAGUGAUUCAGACACUUCAGAACCUGAGCAGAAGUUAUUAAAAUUUGCAGCAGACAGCCAAAAACAUGACACUUUAGAAAAAUGUGGCUACCUGUCUAAGCUUAGUGGAAAAGUGAAGACAUGGCGACGCAGAUUUUUUGUACUUCGAAAUGGUGAGCUGUUUAUCUACAAAUCACAGCAUGAUGUUUUUAAGAAGCCACAGGGUUCGAUUGUAUUGGAUGGCCAGACCAAGAUUAUCAAAUCAGCCACUGAACUUUCAUUUGAGAUCACAAACUGCAAGAAGACCUAUUAUCUUACGGCUGACUCUCCUGCAGAAUUAGAAAGAUGGAUCAGAGUUUUACAGAGAGUGCUGAGGAGACAGGCAACCGGAAAUCUUCUUGACAGCGUUGAUUCCAAAGCUGUUGUCAAGGGUUGGAUCACAAAGGUGAAAAAUGGAGUCACCAGGCGUUGUUGGUGUGUACUGCUUGGUCGACAUUUUCUAUAUUACAAGUCGCCUGGGGACAAGACUCCAAUAGGCCAGCUGAAUCUUCAAGAUGCCAAGUUGGAGGAGAUAGAGGGUGCUUGUGAUUCAGAUGAUGAGUCUGAUGUUUCUGUUCCACCCAUACAUGUCUUUGCCAUAUGGCCACCGUGUCAAGCACCUACCUAUCUGGUCAUACCUACUCGCCAAGAAAAGGACUCUUGGCUUUAUCACUUGACUGUGGCAGCAGGUGGGGGCACAGGAGCUGUGGGCACAGACUAUGAACAAUUUAUUGCUAAGCUUAUGCAUGUUAAUGCUGAUCCAAAUUCAAGUUUAUGGAAACUUCCUUUGAUGUUAUACACUAAGGAUGCCAUUCGUGAACCUUUGACAACCUUGCCUUCUGAAGAGCUCCAGUCGAAAGCUGUAGAACUUUUUAAAUCUGUGCACCAGUUUAUGAUGGUCGCCAUUGAGUCCCAGUCUUUAGAGUUUCAUGUUCAUCUGGCCCAAAGUAUGCUGGGUUUAUGCUUGGAGCACACAGAACUUCAGAAUGAGCUGUAUUGCCAACUCAUCAAACAAACCUCACGUCAUCCUGCCCAGCCUAAAACAGCUGUUCAGAGUCUACUACUGUGUGGCAAACAUUCCUGGUUCUUGUGUGAUGGAUCACCUACAUCCCCAACCUCAUCAGUGGUGGAUUUGACUGACAGCAAGCUAAACCCAUUACCACAUGUCUUGACUCAGGGCUGGCAACUCAUGUCACUGGCAGUCUCCCACUUUAUGCCCAAGCAGACCAUUACCUGGUUAUUGAAGGUGCACUUGCAUCGCCAUUCUGACCCAAGGUCAGAAAUUGGGAAGUAUGCUAUAUACUGUCAGCGGGCUUUGGAACGAACUUCACUGAAAGGACCUCGUGAAGUAGGACCAUCACGCAUGGAGGUGAUGUCAAUGCUCCUGCGCAAUCCCUAUCAUCACUCCUUGCCCAUCUCCAUACCAGUUCAUUUUUUAAAUGACACCUAUCAGGUUGUGAGCUUUGAUGGCUCCAUGACUGUUCAAGAGUUUGUGCAAUCCUUAAACAAAAGUAUUGGUGUGAGAGAUAUGGGACAGUCUGGAUUCGCUUUGUUUGCUGAUCAUCCUGCCAGUGAGGAGCUGGAACAUUGUUUAGAGCCACAACUGAAGGUUUGUGACAUCAUUUCAAAAUGGGAACAGAUUUAUUGUGCAAAUGUGUCAGCUUUCAUUAAUGACAAAAGCCGAACAAUCCGCCUUCUAUAUAAAAACAGGUUAUACUUCAAGAGGAGCAGUCGACAGGAAACUGAAAAGGAAAAGCUGUUACUGGCUUACCAAGUCAAUGAUGAAAUUGUACAUGGUCGAUUUCCACUCAACCGAGAUCUGGCUCUGGAGCUUGCUUCUCUCAUGAUGCAGGUGGAGUACGGAGAUCUUCGCAUCCCUGACGGUCAGCAUAUGGCCACCAACGUGUCCCCAGGGUCCACGCCCUCGCCGGCAAGUACCGCUGCCCUUCCGUCGUGCGGACUGCACACACAGCAGCUUCUAGGGGCGCACUGCAACGGUUCUACCCUGCCAAGUUCUUAGAGCAGUCCGGACGGACCCAGGCAGUUGCAAGAACGGCUUUUCGAGAGAUGGCGCUCUUUGAGAGGUCGAAGUGCAGCUGACUGUGUACGAGUGUACUUGGCUGUGGCCCGCAAAUGGCAGUUCUUCGGUGCCACCAUCUACUGUGCCAAGAUGCUGGCUACCCCUGAUGAAGAGGACGUGUGGUUAGCUGUCCAGGAGGAUGGUGUCUCAGUCCUCGACUUCAUCUCUAUGCAACCCAUGGCUCUCUACGAUUACAAGUCCCUCAUGACAUUUGGCGGCUGGCGAGAUGACUUCAUGCUGGUGGUCACUGCUGAUCGAGUCCGCCCUCACCACUACGAGCACCGCACGGAAAAGUUCCUCUUCGCCAUGGCCAAGUGCAAGGUUAACGAGGUCACGCAGCUCAUCGCCAGUUACAUCAACGCAAAGCUGCAGCAACCUUCCCCAGAGGCCGCCCCUAGCGAGUGAAGACUGUGGAUCCACCUUUACGAAAACCUCCGGCCACCACUGCCCGCCAAGACCUUUGGGGUCACCAGCAUCUCGGCGAGCCCACACCACGGCUUGCCGCAGGCCCCUGCGUGCCGGCUUGUCUCGUCUCCUCGCCUGUCUCACAACUGCCAGCGAAUCGAUGCCAUAGACGAUUCCGGAAAUGCACAAGUCUUUCAUUAAUGGAUGCAGACGAUGGGCAGCAGAGGUUGAUUGGGAGUGAAAGGAGAGAAUAGAAAAACAGACAAAAGAGAUGAAAAGACAGAGAGAGAGUAAAGAGAUGAAAUCAUGAAAAAACAGAAAAGAGAGGUGGGCAACAAGCGUAGAAAAACGGAGGUGGGAGAGAAAAAGAAUAGAAAAACGAAUAAAAAGGAGAGAAGUGGGGAUAGAGAAAGAUCCCGCUGUCUGGCAUUGAGAACACUACAGUUUGAAACUCACGUGACCAAUUAUACUCUUGUAAUCCUCGGUCAGGAAACUCAGUGCGUGUGAGCCUUAUACGAGUGUGUGUGUUGUAGACUGAACUGACUGCUCUGACAAGACAGUGGCAAAAAUAUAGCUGUGUAUGAGAAACUCAUUGUACACGAAUCUGUAGGUACAGUAGCGCUUGGAGAGGAUGUGUUGUGGGGGAGAAAUUUCACAGAGUGCACCACGUGUGCGUCUUGCGCCUCCUUAUACGCGCAUAGAUGACCCUUGACCUUAGUCGAAAUUUUACCGUUAUAAGGAGAAAACUAGAUGAGACCAGCAGAAGUGAACUCACAUUGUUCACCUCUCUGCUGGACCAUUGACUAACUGGUGUGUCCGUCUCUAUGUGCUGUCGUCAGUGCGGUUGGAGAGCUCAGUUUCCUUAGCCGCGAUGCACUUGAUGCCAUCGUGGGUUUAGAUGCUGACAGAUUCUGGUUCAAACUCUGAAGGAAUAAAAUUCAGAUGGUGAUGGAUGUAAUGAUAUAGUGGUGAAAGGGUACGAAUACUUGGUACUACUAAGAGCUGCCGUCGCUAGUGUAACUUCUCUAGUAGUUGUAAACUCUGAUUAGCAGCCACUUCGCCUUCACUUUGUAAUUAAUGUAUUGUAUAAUCUUAUGGAGUCAUCUUGAGUCUGUUUCAUAUAUAUCUCUUCAAACUCGGAUAGGAAUAGGCAUUACCCGUAAGACGACCGUACAAAUAAAAGAUAAGACAAAGGUUUAGUAACUCCCAGCACAAACACCUGGCCAGUAGGAAAAGAAAACAAAGCUCGUGGUUUAGACAUCAUAGACUAAAUACAUAUCAGCACUUGCUGGGGAGUAUAUGAAAGUGUGGUGCAUGCUUCUUGACAUACUGGCUGGCGGAUGAUUUACUGCAUGCGGACGCUUGGAGAAUAACCAGAAGAGAGAAAAAAGUCUUUUUUGCUAAGAUUCCUUGGGACAAAGAAUAGCAGAGACAGUUGCGCAAAAAUGUCUGAUUGUUUCUUGAUUGUAAGAAGUUCUACAGAGUGUUGUUUUUUUAAUGAUACACCUGCACAUGUUGACAGCAUUGUAGUAACUAACGCACACAUGUUGUCAUUAUAACCUGUAGACAUAAUAACGACACGUCCUUAUGUUUGUUUAUGGCCUGGAGCCUCGCCUCCACAAAAUAACAGCACCCAGUGGGUCAAUGCGUAUCAUUGUGUCUGCGCCAUUAUGCCGCACAGGGCUAAUCUAAUGGCUGGUUUUCCUCUUUAUGGUGGGACAUUAGCUUUGAAGACGCCUGUGUAGUUUGAAGCAGGCUAUCAAUCUGUCUUUCACAUCUACCGAGUUGAACAAAGGAGGGGAAGCGCCACAGUGAGGUCACGGAAAUCAGGAACGAAAUCGAUUUCAUCAGUUUCUGCCGUUGAACUAUUCUGUGGCCGGUGUUGUUCUUAACCCAAGUCUUUGCUAAACGUGUUUAUACUGCUUUUAGCUAAACGAUUCCUGUAGCAACAGCUUGACUUUUGUCCUCGACUGCCCUUGUUGUUGAGCUGGUUAUACUAUGGUUACCUCUGGUCGGCAGCGACCGUUUGUCUGGCCAUGGACAUUUCUUGCAACGGUAUGCAGUCUCUCAGGGUCGGUUUGAUGUCACGUGUUACACCACCAGUGGACUGGUGGGUAAGGAAAGCAAACUUUCUGAUAUCACGACAAAAAGCAGCUCGACGAAGGAGCUGUAUGAUUAGUGUUGAUGGUUACUAUGCACACAGCAGGAUGCCUGUAAUAGAUGAUGACAUAAGAAAUGUGUGAGGCAUGACAGUGCUUAAAGUGUCUUGUCCUCUGCUUGUUUGUGGCUGGGUGCGGGUGCAGACUAAGCAGGUACCACAGAUCGUCUGUAUCACAGAAUGUUGCUGUCUGGGGACUGACGUGAGAUGCUGCAGACAAUGAAUGAGGCUGCCAGAACCGCUGGCAGGCCACUGCAGAUAGUGUAGUUGAAUUUCUGGAAUGAAAAGAGAUUUCUAGACAAGUAACUUCAUCUUAAUGCUUGUCUUCUGCGUUGAUUUUUUUUUUUUGUAUCCUCUAGUUUGUUGUAGCCGUGCUUUGGUAGCAACGGGUGUAUGCAUGGUGUGUGUGUGCUCACACUACAUAUUGUAAUGGAUUGGGCAACCAGAUGACUUCACAAUACCAACACAGCUGAAAAUGCUGUUCCCUUUUUUUUUUCUUUUUUUUUUCUUUUUUUUGUGCCUGCAUGAUUUGUGUGUAAGCGAUCGCGCUCGUGAUUACAAGUGUGCAUUUAUGGACCUCGCCAGUCUCUUCUCAUAGUUAUUUGAAUAGUGUUCUUAGACUGUGAAUUCAGUUGGUGUGGGAGUGGAGUGAAGGCUCACAAUGCGGAAGAAUAUCGUUUUGUUUGAUUUAUAACGUGUGUCGCCAUUUACAGGGUGCCUGCGGGCCAACAAAGAUUAAAAAUAAGCUGUUUCAAAAUACUCUUGAUCCCGAGGCACUUUCUUUUCAUAAUUCUAAUUUGAAAUGUCAAACGUGAAGGAAAUUGUAUUGAUUACUUUUUUUUUACAUUUGUGUAAGUCGUACCUGAGCGGAAAGAAUUUAUUCGUUUUAUAGACUUAACAUUUGGCCGGGUACGUGUUACAAGACUUUAUCAAACUGACCUCGACAAGCACAAGCUGCUCAAUCUAGUCUCUAGCACGUGCACUCGCACUUCAGCCCCGCCUUCUCCUUUCUUCUCCCUAUCUCUCUCCCCCUCUUCAGAGUUACACUCUCUCUCUCUCCUGCCUUGCUGUCGGUUCUACGCCCACCUCGAGCACAACUUCUAUUCGGUAUUUCAAUAUUCUUGUUAGCCAAUAACCUAAAGCAGGUCUGCAAAUAAAUCAAAAUAGCUUUUAAAUGUGCCAAAAAUUGUGCUGUUAACAAUAAUCUUUUGUUUUUGUUCAGCUGUUAUGACAGUGAGUUAUUGAGCGUCAUUUACUGGCUUUUGGCAUUAGGGCAAUAAUGGAAAAUAAUUAGAUAAACUUUUUGAAGAUUGCAAGUAAUCAGCCACUUUAUUGUGAACGUAUUCAUCACAUUUGUCCAGAUUUCAGCGAGGGAAAAAUAUCUGUAAAAGACGGCCAAGCAUUAAUCAAUGUUUGUAUAAUUAUUUACUUGCUGUUAACAUGCUCUUCUGACCUCAUCUUCAAUUUUUCACUUCUGGUUAUGGUCUCAGAAUGUAUUAUUCAUGCUGUAAACGCACGGGAAUGCAUGACCAUAGCCAGACAGUCACUUGUUAGAACCCAGCAUCAUUACUACCUGUUGAUAAAAGAAAGCUUCUUAAGGGUAUGUCUCAUUCUGCAGGGUAACUAAAGGCUUUUCAGAGCCUGUUGCUGAGGCAGAAGCCUUGCCUCCGUGGCAAAUGUCGGUGUUGAGGGUAGCACUGAGGGCAGGCCAGUUCCUUGCGCUUAGGUGCAGCAAUCCAGCCAGCACUCGGCUUCCUUCAACUGCCUCCCUUGCCCGCCAGGAGCCCGUUGUUGGGUUUCCUGUAACCGACCUUUGUGUGACGAUUAGCGCCCGAGCUUUUUGUUUGCCUGGGUGUGAAGUGGACCCCCGCCUGCCCCGUGCUACCUCCGCGCGUUCUGCAGAUUCCCCAGCAAGUCGGCAAGUGCGGUGGUAUUGCCAGCUUUGCUUUCCUCGCCAUCAAAGUGAGUUGGUGAGCAAAAUGUUUGCCGUGUGCAGCAUGACAAUCCGCACAUCAGCCUGAAACUUUUACUUACGGUGCAUACAAGCGGUUUGGGUGGCUUUUUGUAAGAUGGUCGGAAUCUCACCCUGUUAUCGUAUAACAAACAUCGCCCGCCAGCGAACAUACUCUAACUUGGCAGGAGCUAUUGUUGGUUUAUAAUUGAUUUAAUAAUACUUUUAUAUUCUAUAGCGGACUGGUCGCAGUAGGUUUUAUGUAGCUGACUUUAACUUGCGAAUUCGUUUGGAGAUAAGCUGUUGCAAAGUGAAUGCAGUUUUAUCAGCUUUUCCGAGUUUUUAAGUGCAGUAGUUUUGACCAUUGGGGGGAAGGAGUCAGUCCCGAGUGGAAUGCUGACAACAGUCAGUGGCAUGAGUAUGUGAGAGCCUGUUGAAUGCCUUUCUACAAGGGACAAAUAUGGACAAACAGGAUCAGGUCUGGCUGUUUCUCCACAACUUUAUCUACUUUACCAAACUUGCUUAAACCUUUGUCCAUUUUUUUCCAGCUUGCCGACAACUGUAGAGCUUGGAAAAAGUAUUUAAAAUGCAGCUGAAAUUUAUUAGGUAUGGCUGGUGAAACAAUGCAUUUGCUUUUAAAUAUUUAUAUAUUACUCACCCCGUUUAAAUGGUGAGUACAACAAUUAUACAUCUGUAACCUAGUUUGUUUUUUAAGUUUUUUUAAGCACAACUUCGUCGCUACCACCAUUUUAUAAAUGUCUGAGUUGUGUAACACAAAUGACCAAAGACUGUCGAUCAAAAUCUGGUAUUUGCAGCUUAUUUUGUGUAAAGUUUUUGCUUGAAUCUUCGUGUGACUUUGCGUGUGUUGGUGCUUGAGCGGGUGGCUGUGUGUUGAUCUUUUAUUUGUUAUCAUGAUUGUCUUUUGUCUGUUUAUUGACUGUUUAUGGCAGGAACUUCUCGGGGAACAGAACCACGAAGCAAAAAUGGCAAUGUUUAUUGGUUUAUGGUAUCGGUAGUGCUGUACUCAGUGUGUUCAGGUUACAAGCAUGCAGAACAUUUCCAGUCAAUCGCCGGACAUUGUAGAUGUUGACGAGUGAUGUAUAGGUGUUGAUGCUGUCCAUGUGUGUGAUGGGCAGUCGUUACACGUGCAUCAUGGAAGAGCUGCCUGCUGUGCACAUAUUGUAGUCACAUGUUGAUAAGAGUCUAGUCAUGUUGCAUGCCAAGUUUUCUUCUUUUUUUAUUGGUAUUCUCCUGACUCGAAGAAAUAUUUUGUGCCUUCGGAUCAUUUUGCAAUACCUUGUAAGUCUCAAGUCAAUAAAGUACUCAGGACUGUA